GCGUGCCUCUGAAGGCGCGUGCCCGUCAGCGAGCCCACCAGCUCUCCAUCAGUCCGCUCAGGGAGGGUCUCCACCGGACCAGAACCUACGGUCCGGAUCCGAGCUGCGGUCCGGCUGCGGCUCUCAGGGCGCGGCAGCAGCGGGGCGAUGCGCUCCUCAGGCCGGGAACCAGCGCUCAUCUCCGGGUGCUGCUCUGCUCCUCUGCCCGCUCAGCGUGCUCCAUCUGCGGGGAUUAAACGUUGGUCUGUGCCGCUGCCGGUCGCUCCGGUGGUUCCCGGCGGACAGCCGCCGCCUCCGGGGCUCCGUGGGUGAUUUUCUGCUCCGGUUCCCCGGUGGGGAGGAUGUGAGCCGGGAUCCGGGAGGAGCGAGCGCCGCUGGGGGAGAGGAUGAGGAUUAUCCCGCAGUGGGAUUAUAUUUCCAGGAUCAGGAAUCUGGACGGGAAACAGGAAAACCGGAAUUCCUCUGAUUCAGGAAAAAGUUGAUUUGAUGAGGAGGAUGAAGAUGAUGCUCCAGAACUUCCUCUGGCUUCAGAUCAGAAGUUUGUUUCCGUCCAGAACCUGACCCGUUUACCAUGACUGGAGGAGCCAGACUGGACCUCGGUUCUGGUUCCGAGACGAUCCACUUCCUCCUUCUUUCUCCUCCGAACUUUAAUCUGAUUUAAGUGAAACAUGGUGAAGAAUAAGAGGAAACUUUUUCACUAGAACCAGAACCAGAACCAUCUUCACUGACAGAACUCUUCAUCCGGUCCAGAUCCAGAGUCACACCCAGAACCAGAACCAGAACCAGCAGGGCCGGGCCGGCAUGUCGGAGCGCAGCGCCCCGGGCUGCCGCCUCAGACUGGACUGGGUCUACGGGUACCGGGGCCACCAGUGCCGGAACAACCUGUUCUACACGGCCGGGAAGGAGCUGGUCUACUUCGUGGCCGGAGUGGGCGUGGUCUACAACAGCCGCGAGCACAGCCAGCGGUUCUACCUGGGCCACAGCGAUGACAUCAUCAGCCUGGCGCUGCACCCAGAGCGCCUCCUGGUGGCCACAGGCCAGGUUGGCAGGGAUCCAUAUGUGUGUGUGUGGGACUCGUUCACCGCGCAGACAGUCAGCCUGCUGAGGGACGGACACACACACGGCAUCGCCUGCCUGGGCUUCAGCGCCGACGGACAGCGGUUGGUGUCGGUCGGGUUGGACUCCAAGAACACGGUUUGUAUCUGGGAGUGGAGGAAAGGGAAGAUCCUGGCCUCCGCCAGCGGACACUCGGACCGGAUCUUCGAUGUUUGCUGGGAUCCGUUUCAGCAGAACCGCCUGGUGAGCUGCGGCGUCAAACACAUCAAGUUCUGGUCGCUCUGUGGCAACGCGCUGACGCCGAAGCGCGGGAUCUUCGGGAAGACGGGCGACCUGCAGACCAUCCUGUGUGUGGCGUCGGCUAAAGAUGACAUCACGUACUCCGGCGCGCUCAACGGAGACGUCUACGUGUGGAAAGGCCUGACGCUGCAGAGGACGGUCCAGUCGGCCCAUGGGGCCGGGAUCUUCAGCUUGUUUUCCUGUGAGGAAGGAUUCGCCACCGGAGGCAGAGACGGCUGCAUCCGGCUCUGGGACGUCGACUUCAAACCCGUCACCAAGAUCGACCUGAGGGAGGCGGAGCAGGGAUACAAAGGUCUGUCCAUCCGGAGCGUCUGCUGGCGAGCCGACCGGAUUCUGGCAGGAACUCAGGACAGCGAGAUCUUUGAGGUGAUGGUGCGGGAGCGCGACAAGCCGCUGCUCAUCAUGCAGGGGCACAGCGAAGGCGAACUCUGGGCUCUGGACGUUCAUCCCAAAAAACCUCUGGCUGUAACCGGCAGCGACGACAGAUCCGUCAGGUUGUGGAGCCUGGUGGACCACGCUCUCAUCGCGCGCUGCAACAUGGAGGAGGCGGUCCGCAGCGUGGCGUUCAGCCUGGAUGGAUCCCAGCUGGCUCUGGGGAUGAAGGACGGAUCCUUCACCGUGCUGAGAGUCAGGGACAUGACGGAGGUCGUCCACAUCAAGGACAGGAAGGAGGUGAUCCAUGAGAUGAAGUUCUCUCCAGACGGAGCGUAUCUGGCUGUCGGCUCCAACGACGGCCUGGUGGACGUUUACGCCGUCGCCCAGAGAUACAAGAAGGUGGGCGAAUGCAGUAAAUCCACCAGUUUCAUCACACACCUGGACUGGACUGUGGACGGGAAGAUCCUGCAGAGCAACGAUGGAGCAGGAGAACGCCUCUUCUACCGGAUGCCCAUGGGGAAACCCAUCACCAACAGCGAGGAGGUGAAAGGUCAGCGCUGGGCCUCCUGGAGCAGCGUUCUGGGGUCAGAGGUCAGCGGCAUCUGGCCAAAAUACUCCGCUUCGACGGCUGUCAAUGCGGUGGACGCCAACCUGUCGGCCGGCGUCCUGGUCUCCGGGGACGACCUGGGCCUGGUGAAGCUCUACCGCUUCCCCUGCCUGAGGAAAGGAGCCAAAUCCAAGAAGUACCAGGGCCACUCGGCGCACGUCACCAACGUCCGCUGGUCCGGCGACCUGCAGAGCGUCCUGACCACCAGCGGCGCCGACCACGCCCUCUUCCAGUGGAGGUUCCUGCCGGAGGACGGGACAGGCGGAGCGCCGGGCGGAGACACAGCAGAGAAUCUCGGCGACUCCAACAGCGAAGAGUCGGACAGCGACGCCUCCGACGUGCCGGAGCUCGACUCGGACAUCGAACAGGAAACGCAGAUAAACUACGAGCGGCAGGUCUAUAAGGAGGACCUGCCUCAGCUGCAGCAGCAGAGCAGAGAGAAGAAGCAGCAGGUUGGAUCCCUGAAGAGGCAGAGCGGACCGGACCAGGGCCUGCGCCUGCAGUUUGUUCACGGUUACCGUGGUUACGACUGCAGGAACAACCUGUUCUACGCCCAGAGCGGCGAGGUGGUGUACCACGUGGCCGCGGUGGGCGUGGUUUACAACCGGCAGCUGCACAGCCAGCGGUUCUACCUCGGCCACGACGACGACAUCCUGAGCCUCAGCAUCCAUCCGCUGAAGGACUACGCCGCCACGGGACAGGUGGAGAGAGAGAGAGAGCGAGGGAGAGGGAGAGAGAGAGAGAGAGAGACAGAGAGAGAAGAGAAGAGAGAGAAG